AUGUCAAGACCCAGUGAAAAUUGGCCAGGUUUCACCGAUCUCAUUCCAGAGUCAGACAAAUAUCAGCGAAUCCAGCACAUACUUUCUUCAGCAAAGUUUGAGCACCUGAAGAGAAGCGCAGUAGACUUACGACGUCGAUGUCAACCGCAGCCCAAUAUGCCCCUCGAUGUUGACUGCGGCAUAAAUUUAACCCAAUUUGCAACUGGUUUCAACAAUCUGGUUCUCGAGCUCGCAUUUUCUGACAGCGUCUAUUGGAUUGCUCGAAUUCCAUAUCAGAUUAUCGACGACAAGACCAAGACCUUGUUGCUCAGCGAGAUCGCCACCAUGAACAUUAUUCGUCAACGUACAAAUAUUCCCAUCCCUCGUAUAUUUGGAUUUGAGAUAUCAACAAAUCCCGAAUCGUUUGGAUAUCCAUAUAUUUUGAUGGAGUAUCUGGGUGGUCGUCAACUCGAUAACGUUCUCGCACUAUCAGUGCCCCAACCAUACCAUGCGAAGGUAGCCAAACAGCUUGCAAAUGUGCUUGUCGAGCUUCAGAACCUAACCUUCGAUCGCAUCGGACGGCUUUGGGCAGGAGAGACCGCUGAUCAGUCCAUCGAAAUUAUUCCUAUGGAGUGGCAUCAUACGCCUGGGCCUUUAGGAACCUCGUUCGAAUAUUUUUAUAAUCAGCGGCAAAAAGAAAAUCGAGAGAUCAUGGCAUUACACCCAAAUAGCCCAGAUCGGCUUACUGCAUGUUGGAUGUUGAAAACAGCUCUAGCUCACAGUAUCAUUGAAGAAAGAGCUCGAGGGCCAUUUCCGCUGUGUCAUCUAGAUCUUCAUUACGGCAAUCUCCUUUUCGACGAUGAAUUUAACCUCGUGGCAGUCAUUGAUUGGAGCCACGCCCAAGCGGCCCCUAUAGAGCAGCUAUCUGUCACUCCAGAAGUGAAUGUCUUUACGAGUCUCUCCGAGGAAGAGAAUCGACCGAUCGUGGAGUUCAAGGAACUCGUUGUGGGGUUUAUGAAGGAGAUGGAGAACCGUCACGGGAAAUACGGAGCAAAGAAGGAAGAAAGGUCGAUAUUGGACUUGGGCCAACAGCAGGGGAGCAUGGAGCAGUGCCUGAACUUUUCACGCCUUUCUACGUACAUGGCCUCCAAAAGCGCUGAACUCAUGUAUCGCCAGUACAUGGCUUCAAUUAAUGGAAGCCUAUGGGACGGGCGGAGGAUUGCGAAGGUCAUCUAUGGGGAGCACGUUACUUGGGAACAACUUCGACAGGUUUAUGGUUGCAUGCCAUUGCCUUAG